UACAAUAUUUCAUCGAGAUACAGUGUACAUUUAUUAGUAUAUAAUGGAGCUAGUAGUUCUAACUAGCUUCACACAUAUUAUUAUAUUUUAAUUGGGCAUGCAAUCCUGUUGUCAGUAGUAUUGAAAACAGUGUUAUUUCACUGAUUUUUUAACUGCUUAGUUAGCGAUAUUAAUAUAAUAACUUCAUUAGUUUAAAUCAACUUUAUAUUUUUCAUCGUAAUGUGGAAAGCAAUCUGGUCACUUUUUAUUUUGCUUUUUAUGUCAAUCACUUCAAUAAUUGGACAUUAUAGUAAUCAGCCAUGCUUUCGAUCUGACAACGGCCAUCUAUACGUAGAUAGCGCUACUAGCCGCAAUAUAUCUUUGAGUACAAAAGGACAAGGAUUCAUAAACUUGAAUAAUGAGAACUUACUUCAAAUUAUUGGACUGGCUAAAGAAGCUUGGGAAGUAAUUGUUGCUUUUCGAUCAAACGAUUUGCCUGAGUUUGCGGAUACAUUAAACAAUUUUGUGCCAAUGAUAGAUGGUCCGAGAGGUUUAUCCAGUCGAGUCACCGCUCUGGAAAUGCAAAUUUUUAAUGCAUCAUCGAAAUUAUCUACUAAAGGCAACGGUGGAACGGCGUUCACCGCAAAUCGAUUAGAAGUCAGAUUGACUAAUUUAGAAAAGAAAAUCACCAAUCUAGUUAGUCUUUUGUCAAUUAGCGAAUGCUUGAGUAACCCUUGUCAGAAUGGUGGCACAUGUAUAGAUAUUUAUAAUGGAUUUCAAUGUAAUUGUCCAAACAAUUGGCAGGGUAGAAUGUGCGAACUGGACGUAGACGAAUGUGUGCGUUUCCUCCACACAGACUUAGGGUGUCAAAACGGAGCAGAAUGCAAGAAUACGCCCGGAAGUUACGAGUGUGUGUGCGUGGUGAACUGGUUCGGUUUGCACUGUACGAAAAGGAAGAACGAUUGCAACGCGGCAAUGUCGUCGGAACUCUGUGGCAAUGGGGUGUGUAUCAAUCAACCAUCUACUGUUGGCUACACGUGCAUCUGUAACCAGGGCUGGACUGCCAUGGAUGGAGGACAAAAUCCGGCUUGCACGAAAGAUGUGGACGAAUGCAAGGAAAAUAAGCACACGUGUUCGGCAAACCCACCAGUCGAGUGCAGGAAUACCAGGGGGUCAUUUACCUGCGCAAAUUGUCCGGCAGGUUACGAGGGAGACGGAUUUGUGUGUACUGAUGUUAACGAGUGUUUGAUAAAUAAUGGUGGAUGCAGUGUGAAUCCCAGAGUUCAGUGCGUAAACACGAGAGGUUCAUUUAAGUGCGAAUUAUGUCCACCUGGUUAUAUUGGUGAUGGAUUUAAUUGCGUCUAUAAAUCUGGAGGAGCGUGUGCAAUAGACAAUGGAGGGUGUCAUCCAAAUGCUGAGUGCACUGUUUACGCUGAAACAACAAUUCAGUGUACAUGUCGGCAAGGAUAUAAUGGUAAUGGAAUCGGGAUGAACGGAUGUAUUAAAGACUAUAUAACAGCAAUAGAUGUAUGCCAGAAUAAUCCUUGUGGUUCCCAUGGUGUGUGCCUUUCGAGUUCAACUAACAGUUUUUCAUGUCAGUGUGAUGCGGGUUAUACAGGACGAAUAUGUAAUAUAAGAGUAGAAAAUCCAUGCUUUGUAAAUCCCUGUCUAAACGGAGAAUGUGUCUUUGAUCCAGAACGUGGAAAAUUUAGUUGCAAUUGUUAUACAGGUUAUUUUGGACCGUUAUGUGGAUCAUUUGAAGAAAGAUGUGGGGGUUAUUUUGACACAUUUAAUGGAUCAAUACAGUAUCCCGAAUCAAAUACAACGCUAACCUAUCAGAGUAACUUAAAUUGUGCAUGGCUGAUCGAAAUAAAUUCAUCUCUCGUCAUUAAUAUAUCAUUUGUUUGGAUUGAUAUUGAAAAAUCAAUAAAUUGUUCUUCCGACUAUGUUGAAAUUAAAAACGCCGAUGACUAUAAAGGACAAUUUUUGGGUAAAUUUUGUGGAAAUAUAUUACCUUUAAAAAAUAGCAUUAUUUCGGAUUCAUAUUCAGUUUAUGUACGUUUUCGAUCUGAUGGAUCCAAAAAUUAUCGAGGUUUUCAGUUAAAUUACACAUCAAUACAACCAGAAUGUGGAGGUAUAUUAAAUAUCGAUUCACAUGGCACAUUAUCUUCUCCUGGUUCUCCUAAAAAAUAUCCACCUAAUCGUGACUGCUAUUGGACUUUAAAUGCCAUUCCAGGAAAGAGAAUUCAAUUAAAUUUCUUCUCAUUAAGUUUAGAGAAACAUGUAAAUUGUCUUUAUGACUAUUUAGAGAUUCGAGAUGGUUUUACUCAGCAUAGUCCAAUACUGGCCAAAUUAUGCAGUACUACAAAAAAUAGUUUACCUCCUCCUAUAAUAACUUCAAGUUCACAUGCAAGUUUGCAUUUUCAUUCCGAUAGUCUAGGCCAAGACUACGGAUUUCAAAUUACGUACAGUGUAAUUGAAGGUGUACCCGGAUGUGGUGGGACUUAUACAAGCACUUCUGGAAUUAUAUCUUAUCCUCCACAUUUGACAAGUGAUAGUUUUAAUGAUCUGGACAGUUCAAAUUGUGAGUGGCAUUUAAAAAUGCCACUUCAUCAGAAACUUAAACUUGAAUUCAUUAAGAAGUUUGGCAUUGAAUAUUCAACAGAUUGUUUAAAAGAUUUUUUGGAAAUUUACGAUGGCCCAAAUAUAAAAUCUCCAUUAAUUGGUCGUUAUUGUGGUUCAACUAGAUAUGUACAGCCAAUUAUCUCAAAUAGUAAUGAUGUCACUAUUCUUUUCAUAUCAAACUUUUCAUCAACAGUUGAAGGGUUUACGAUCAAAUAUGAGACAUUGUGUGGUGGAACAUUUCUUAAUAGCAAUGGUAUAAUCGAAUCGCCAUUCUAUCCAGAACCUUAUCCACAAGAUAAAAUAUGUGAGUAUCUAAUCGAACAACCCGUUGGAAAAGCUAUUCGAUUAUCAUUUUUGGAUAUGGAUAUGGAUCCUAAGUAUCCAUUAUGUUUUUUUAAUUCAUUAGAGAUCAGAGACGGAGACAAUGCAAAUUCAACUAUGAUUGCAUUUCUAUGUGGAAAUAUUAAAAAACUUCCCAAACUUCCAUAUAUAUCAACACAUAAUUAUAUGUGGCUAAAAUUUUCCUACAAACAUACUAAUUCUUAUAGAGGAUUUCGAGCUAACUAUUCAACCAUUGAUAUAACAUGUGGUGGUAUAUUGAAGCAACCAUCAGGUAUUAUACAAUCGCCGAAAAAUCCAGAGGAAUAUCUCAAAAAUCAAAUGUGUAAAUGGAUUAUAUCUGUAAAUGAAUCUAGUCGAAUACAAUUAAAUUGGUUAUCGUUCUCUUUGGAUAACCAUAUCACUUGUAAGAAUGAUUAUGUUGAAGUCUAUGACAAUAGUGUUCAAGGAAAUGCAUCAAAAAUUGCUAAGUAUUGUGGAUCUAAAGUUCCACCUGUAUUGACUUCAUUAGGUAAUCGACUAACAAUAGUUUAUAAAACUGAUCAUUUAGGAGCACUGGAUGGGUUUAUGUUAAAUUAUACUUCUUUAAAUAAAGCACGAGCGUGUGGUGGAAACUUCUUCACCCCAGAAGGUUUUAUCAUGUCACCAAAUUUCCCAGACGACUACCCCACACUAAUGUAUUGUAAAUGGACCAUAAAUGUACCAGUUUCAAAUCAGAUUGAGCUGAACAUUACUCAAUUUCAUCUCGAAGAAACACAUGAGUGUGAAUUUGAUUUCAUUGAAAUUCGAAAUGGUAGAUAUUCUUCAUCACCUUUAAUUGGAAAGUAUUGUGGAUCUAAAAUUAUUCCUAUUAUAUCUUCAGCCGGAAAUUCGUUAUUUAUAAAAUUUGUAUCCGAUGGGUCACUUGGCUUUAAAGGUUUCUUUAUUCAAUGGUAUUUAAGUGCCAGAGGUUGUGGGGGAACAUUGAAUUCUGGUAGAGGAAGUAUCGUGUCUCCUAACUAUCCAUUGCCUGUACUGGAAACAUUGGAAUGUUUCUACAAGAUAUCUGUGGUGCAAGGAAGUCAAAUCCAGCUUACUAUAAUAGAUAUGCAAUUAGUGACAGACAAUGUUCCUGGACUAUGGUGUAAAGACGAUUUUCUUGAAUUUUAUGACGGCGGAAGCUCCGCUAAUAAAUUAUUAGGAACAUAUUGUAAUGAUACUGGUUUACCUCAGUUUGUACAAUCGACAUCAAAUCAAAUGUAUAUAAAAUUUAGAAGUAGUGGUUUUUCCAAAGGUAGAGGAUUCUCGUUAAAAUAUGCUACUGAUUGUUAUGUGAAUUUAAAAGGAUAUCAAGGAGCUAUUGAAAUAGUUAAAGAAGGAGAUACAAACAGAGAUACGUGUAUAUGGACAAUUUUAGCUCCCAAAGGAAGUACAAUUAAUAUAACUUUUACUGAAUUUGAAAUAUCGAAGAGUUUCAUAAGGACACCGAUUAAUCUGGAAGACGACAGCGAUAUUUUAAACUCGCCAUUGCCUUUUAACAGUUUAAAUCGUUACUAUCCGCCACGGAGCCUAGUAAAAUAUCCUUUUUUGGGACCACACAGGAUUAUACUUUCAGAUUUGCGUCAAUUUCAUAAUUUAUAUUUUAAAUGUAUAGAUACCAAGUUAAUUAUAACUGAAGGAGUCAACAUGCAAGAAAUUAAUACUGUUUUGUGGAAAAAUAACUGUUCCAUGGAACCUCAUUCUAUGAUAUCUUCAACUAAGAACAUUGUUAGAAUUAAUUAUAAAUUCAAAAACGAAAAUCACUUUAUGGGUGAUAAAUUCAACAAUUUUCGUAUUGAGUGGAUAGUAGACGGUUGUGGUGGCGUGUUUAAUCAACUGCAAGGAGAAUUUACAUCACCUAAAUAUCCUGGAUUUUACGGUUUGAGUACAACAUGUGAAUGGAAUAUUAUAACCGGUAAUGGAUAUAUUAUAGAGAUAACUAUAGAAGACUUAUGGUUUGAAGCUUCAGGAUCUUGUUUACAUGAUUACAUAGCUAUUUUCAAUGGAUAUGAUGAUUCUGCCCCGGAAUUGUUAAGAAUAUGCCAUAAACAAACAAGUCCGAUAACAUUGACGUCUAUUGGAAAUGAAGCUUUUGUAAGAUUUGUAUCAGUCGAUGAGUCUCAGAAAAAGCGAUUCAAAGCUACAUACAGGGCAAUUGAAUCGAAAUGUGGAGGGAUGUUUACUGCUCCUCAAGGAGUUAUUCAUACUAGCAAUUACCCUCGGAGCUAUGAUUCUAAAAGUUCUUGUACAUGGACUAUUGAGAUAGCAGAAACGCAUUUAAUAAACCUUACAUUUAUUGACUUCAGUACUCAGAGUUCUCCUCGGGGGAAUAAUGAUGUAGUCCUAGUAUAUGAUGGUAAUAUUCAUGGGAAAUUACUCCUUAACCAUUCUGGAAAUAGCAUACCACCACCUGUUAUAUCUCCAACAAAUAAGCUCCUUGUAUCCUUUGAAGUUGGUAAACACGACUUCCAAGCGAAAGGGUUUAAAGCAAUAUAUUCCACGGCAUGUGGUGCAAAAUUAAUAACAAAUGAUUCGGGAAUUAUAACUAACAAUCCAUAUUUUACAAAUGGUAAAAUCGAGAACUGUUCUUGGACUAUUAUAUCUGAUAUCCCAAGGUCAAAAGUCACAUUAACGUUUACUCAUAUAGACAUAGUACAUUAUAUUGAAGAUAUAAUAGUAGAAAAGUCAAAUAUAACUGAUCGUCAGUGUUCUGACGAUUUAUUUCAUACAAUAUUUCGAAUUUUGGAUGGCCCGGAUUCUGAUGCACCUGAAAUAUUAAAGUUUUGUAAAUCAAAUCCAAUACCACCACCUAUUGUCAGUCACGGACCUGCUAUGCGUAUAGAGUUUACAGAUAACUCUGGUGCGUUGGAUUCAUUUGCAGCUCUAUAUUCUGUGAGAUCAGUAGCAUGUGGUGGAACUUACGAUUCCAUAAGAGGAACGAUUUCUUCACCCAACUACCCAAAUAAUUAUUAUAGAGACUCAGAAUGUGUUUGGAUAUUAAAGUCCUCCGUUGGAAAUCUCGUGUCUUUGAAUUUUAUUGCUUUUGAAUUGGAAGAAGACGAGUUUUGCAAUGAAGAUUACGUGGAAAUUAGAGAAGGGGAUUCUAUCGGUCCAGUCUUAGGUAUUUUUUGUGGACUAAAUUUGCCAUCUAAUAUUACUUCGGGUUCUACGCUUUGGGUCAAAUUUCGUUCCAAUUCUCUUGGAUCAGCCAAAGGAUUUACUGCAGAUUUUAAAUAUGUUACUAAAAUCUACAAGUCACAGCAGUCAGGGAAAAUCUCGAGUCCAAUGUAUCCCAAAAUAUACAGAGAUAGUGAAGAUUAUUCGUGGACAAUAAUAGUAGAUCAAGAAAAAAUAGUUCAAAUUGUGAUUAACGAUUUAAUUUCUUCUUCCGAAAUUCACGAACUUAAAAUAUACGACGGGAGUAAUGUCGAAUCAUUAAUUUUAUUUGAUCUAAGCUCAACAAAUGACUAUGUAGAAUUGAACAAAACCAUAAUAUCAAGUGUCAAUAUUGUUUUCAUACGGUUGAAAGCAGGGGAGAAAAGAGUUGUAGGCAUACGGUUUUUACUAUCGUGGACACAGAUAGAUAAGCUGUAUUCGAAUAAACUAUAUCCAAUGUCGGAAUAUAAGUUCAAUAGUACUAGUGUUGACUAUUAUUUAUCACCGAGCUCUAACACAAGUGUGACUAUUACUAGUCCUGGCUAUCCUAAUGGUUAUGCACCGAAUCUCAAUGUAACUUGGAUAUUACACACGGAACCACACUAUCAUAUUGAUAUUGAACUUAUUGACAUAGAUUUUUAUCCAAUUCGUUCGUCGUUCGAUAAGUUUUAUGGAGAUUACCUUGACGUAGUAACUGUUGAUCCUGAUACGGCAAAUACAAUAUUGUUGAAAAAAGUGUAUGCAAACAACAAACAAAAUAAUGACAAAAGUAUAGUCGGAAAGAAUAAAGUAAUAUUAACUUUUAUUUCAAACAAGUCAUUAAAUGGUACAGGAUUUAAAGUUGAAGCAAAAUUACAAUGUGGAGGUCAAUUGCGAGGACCAACAGGAGUCAUUAAUUUAUAUAAUACAUCAAAACUCAUUGAAUUAUCGCACUCGUAUCCACUUCGAUGUACUUGGAAUAUCACUGUACGACCAGGAAGAACAAUUUUAGUGAAACUUAUGACCAUAAAAUUGUCUUCGUCCAGUCUAUGUGUAGAUAGUUAUAUUUUGUUGAGAAAUGGAUUGUAUGAGGAUUCGUCUUUUAUCGGAAAAGGAAAAUACUGUAAUGAAUCGAAUGAAUCAACAUUAUCUACAACUGAAAAUAUGUUACAAAUUAAUGCUGUACUGUUGGAAGGAGACAAUAAAUUCAAAAUAGCAUUUGAAGAAAAAUCAAUUAACUGCGGUGGACAAAUUUAUUUGAAUGAUGCAUACAGUAUUAGCCAAAUCACAUCCCCUCAAUAUCCAAAUAUACCACCAGCCCACAUAGAAUGUAUUUGGACGGUGGUUGCACCGUCUGCCGAACGGAUAUCUGUAACUAUUGAAGACUUAGAUUUCUCUGUAAUUGAAGAAUGUGAAGCAGAAUAUUUGGAAUUCAGAGAUGGGGCAGCUCGAUUUUCACGAUUAAUAAGUCAAAUUUGUCAGGAUAUGGAGAUUGCAGAUAUCGAAACUACAGACAGAUUUUUAUACAUCAAGUAUUUCACAAAUUUAAAUAUACCCAGUAAUGGUUUUAAAUUAAAUGUUACUAUAGCGAAAUGUGGUGGUACUCGACGAGCACCUCGGGGUAUAAUAUCGUCUCCUAAUUAUCCCAGCUCAUACGAGUCAAACGUGGAUUGUGAAUACAAGAUUAUUGCUGGACCUGGUAUGCAAAUUCGGUUGAAAUUUGAAACGGUGAUACUUAAACGCCAAUAUCCAGGCAUCGAAGAUUCAGUAAACAAUAAAAUCUAUGACGAUACUUUAACCAUAUUCGAUGUGGACCCCCUCAACAAAACAAGGGUGAAGAUAUUAACAAUUGUUGGUUCCGAUUUACCAUUACAUGAAAUCAGAUCAUCUGGUCAAGAAUUAAUUAUUAAAUUUAAAUCACACUUUAUAAACAGACCAUUUCGUAUGAACAACACUCAAGCAAAAUUUUUAAUGUCAUAUGAGACUGACUUUAUUGAUUGUUUUAAAAAUUACGAUGUUGAAAGUGGUGAAAUAAGCAGUCCAGUCUAUACCAGUUUGGAUAGUGGAAACAUUUUUUGUAGUUAUAAUAUUAAGGUGCCAAAGGGACGUAGAAUCACUGUAGAAAUAAUCAAAGGAAAAUCGCUCAUUCAAAAUUGUGAAAAAAAUGCUCUACCAGAAAAUAGGCUUAAAGAAAAACUCAAAGCUUAUCAAGUGAUAAUGUCAAGUGAUAUGUUUCGGGCUGCUGUAUGCAUCGAUCCUGCUAUUGACCCCAAGUCAUUGAACUAUAUGUUUGAAUCAACUUCAAACGAGAUUAUGUUGAAAUAUGAAAAACCUUACAAAAUAGAUAAUCUUGAUGGUUUUCGAUUAAAAUUCUCAUCUGACAAACCUUCCAUUUGUGGUGGAACAAUUGAUGCCAGCAUCAAAGGUAAUUUUGAAUUCCCAAUCAAAUAUUUAACCAAGGGUUAUUGUCAGUGGGAUCUUACAAACACUAAUGGAACAAUUGUAAUAUCAACAAAUUUCAAAGUUAAUGAAAGCCAGAUAUCUUGCAAAGAUGAAAAUAAUCAUAUUUUAUUGGCCACUUAUGAUGACAGUGAAUUAUUAAAAAGGUAUUGUCCAAUGCCGAAUACCAACGAAAAGUUUACAAUUCUAAGUCCAAUGCCAAUGGUUAAUCUUUUGAUGUUGACUAACUUAAGAACAAUUAACUACACAGCUAAAAUUGAUUAUAACGUUAAUUCAUGUGGCGGAGUGAUGAAUGGGCAGAAAAUAACAAUAACAAGUACUGAUUAUCCUAAAAAUUAUGGGCAAAAUUUAAAAUGUGCCUGGUAUUUAAAACUUCCUGAAGGUAAUAACGUCGAUAUACGUUUUAAUGAUAUUGACCUCGAUUCAUCAUGUGAUAAUAACUAUGUUAUGUUACACGAUGGACCAAGUCCUGAAAGUCCAGUAUUGGGUAAAUUCUGUGGUAACGUUUUGCCGGAAAAUCUAGUAGCUACUUCAAACGAGCUAUUUGUAGUAUUUUCAUCUGAAAAUGGAAAAAGUGACAGGAAAGGGUUCAAUUUAACUUUAGAAUCUAGACAAAAUAGCUGUGGAAAUAUGUAUGCAACGAAAGAAGGUGAAAUAUUUUCUAGAAAUUAUCCAAACUUAUAUCCAAACAACGAAGAGUGCGAGUGGAUUAUAGCGGUGUUGCCAGGCAACAGAAUUGGUUUGCAAUUUGUGGAACGUUUCAAUUUGGAACAAAGUGUAAAUUGUACUAAAGACUAUAUUCAGGUUUACAAUUUUAUUAAUGAUAUUUGGAUGCCACUUGGAAGUCGAUUGUGUGGUCGUGAAAUUCCACCUCAGUUUAAAUCGUCCGAAACAAAACUCAAAAUUCGUCUACGGACUGAUGGUGAUACACAAGGCGAUGGAUUUAAAGCCAAGUGGAGUAGUUUAUGUGGUGGAGUUUUUACUCAAAAUUCCGGUAAAAUUAUUUCCCCAAACUAUCCAAAACAUUAUCCCAACAACUUGGAAUGUAACUAUACGAUAUCUGUUCCCGGAGAAGAAAUACAAUUGACUUUUAAUUCGUUCGAACUGGAAGAUGAUGGAUGUCUUUUUGACAAUUUAACAAUAUAUAACACUGCAGGAGUGUUUGACGCUCAAACAAAUGAUUUAGUUGGCACGUAUUGUGGGACUAACGUACCACAUCCAAUGACGUUUAAGGAUAGUGUCAUAAUGAUAUUCAAGACAGACUAUUAUUUUACCGAUAAUGGAUUCGAAAUACAAUAUGCAGUUAAAACGUGUGGAAGAGAAAUUACAAGUCCAGGGAUUCUUAAAUCCCCAAUAAUUAUUAACCCACUAUUUGGCACUCAAGAAUACCCGGAAGACGUAAACUGCACAUGGAAUAUACGAGCUCCCCCAGACCAAGUGGUACAGAUAGUAUUCACCAAAUUUCAAUUGGAAACUUCAUCUUAUGAUUUUUCUUCUAAUAAAAUUUCAAAAAAUUGUCCAUAUGAUUAUGUCGUUGUUAUUGACGAGUCUGAUUUAAAAAAUAACAAUUCUCAAGAUUUCGGUAUUUUUUGUGGAGUUUUGGAUACACAGUUACCAGCAUUUUUGUCUAAAACAAAUUCUGUGUAUGUACAAUUUGUUAGUGAUUCUUCAAGGAGUGGUGAAGGAUUUGAGGCUGAAAUAACAUUCACUUAUGGUGAAUCUCAUGGAUGUGGAGGUACUAUACGGUUAAACCAAUCAAACAACAUGUCCAGCUAUACAUUGAACAAUUUGAAUAUUUCUGAGAAAACCUAUUUAGAUUGUGGGUGGUUAGUAUUGGUAGAGCCGUCAUAUGUAGUACAGAUGCAAGUGGUCAGGUACACAGAAACACCUAAAUGUUCAUCGAACGUUACAAAUUGUGUAUGCAGUUCUGUUCAGUUUUAUGAUGGCCCGGGACGUUCAGCUUUAAAAAUUCGUCAAUACUGCCCCGGAAAUAUUGACUAUUCUCCAUUAUUGUCUUCUGGUAGUAAUGCAUUUAUUAGAUACUCAAGCAUUCCAUCGGACGUAAACACACAUUUUGAAAUAAAGAUAACACCAGUGACAUCGGUUUGUGGCCCAAGUGCAUUGAUUGCAACCAACCAAACACAAGUACUAACGUCUACAAAUUAUCCAUUACCAUAUAAUAUGAACAAUUUGAUUUGCAAGUGGUACAUACAAAUGGAAUCUGAAUCUGAGGACCAAUCUCUUAUGUUACGGUUCAAGGAUUUGAAUUUGGCGGACACAAAAGACUGUUCGUCAAACUAUUUGGAAAUAAAGUACACGCCGUGGCCGCAAUGGUCGUACAGUACUUUCCGUGUAUGUCACGAAGACCAUGAAUUUGAUUUUGUGAGUCGGCCAUCGAAAAUGUUUACAUUGACGCUACGUACAGAAGUCGACCAAAAAACACCAAAAGGCUUUAGACUCGAGUAUAUAACUACAAGUUGCUCAACAACACAUACAAAACGCUAUGGAUAUAUUUUACAAUCAUAUGAUCCAAAAAUGUCGACGGGAGGAGAAUGCAUAUUCACGAUAAACUUAGGUCAAUCAAAUUUAACCAUUUCUUUAUUUAUUACAUCGUUUCUUUUUACGGGGCCAAGGAAAUUAUAUUUGUCAAAUUACCUAAAGGUUUAUGAUGGGCCAACAGUCUCUUCACCACUGCUAACCACUUUGAACGAUAAUUUUAAAACCCCAUAUCCUGUGUUUUCAACGGGUCCGUCGUUGACGAUGGCGUAUAAAACAAUCAAUUGGCUAGGGUUGUUGGAUAUGAGUUACACAUCUACGGAUCAAGGUAGAGGUUGCGGUGGAAAAAUGUUCAAUAUGGAUGGUACGAUAAUGAGUCCAAUGUAUCCUAUGGUGUACAACAAGAACUCAACUUGCAGGUGGGAUAUCGCGGUUCCAAGACCAAAUCCAAUCACGAUUCAGUUUGGAGCGUUUAACCUCGGUGCAAGGACGACAUGCAACACCGAUUAUUUGGAAAUGUACAACGUCGAUCAGUCGACGGGAGAAUCGUCGUUUGUUGCUAAAUACUGCGGUGGAGAUACUCCAGCUACGCACACCAGCCAAACGGGAGCAGUUUUCAUUCGUUACGUGACAACCGUACACAACACCGGCACAGGUUGGGCAUUGCGCUUUAAUGAAAAAGGCUUUUUCUAGAACAAUUUUAUAUUGUUUGUAGCUAACGAAUUAAAAAA